AUGAGCUUUAUGUUAUUUGGAAUCGUCAUCAUCAGUUUAUGUGGUGCAAGUGUUUACGGAUGGCCUGAUGGUGCACCAUGCAAGAAGAAUGUUGUUGAUUCGAUGAAUCCGUUAUUAGCUGAAGAGCAUGCUGGUGGAUUACAGCUUACGGAACCUCCGUACAGAAUCGACCUGGACGCUAAAUGUUACUGGAAGAAUCAACCUAUCACAUUAACUUUGAGAGGAAAUACAACGAAAACAUACUUCAAAGGUUUCGUCAUACAACCACUGAUUUACAAAGGUAUUCGAAAAGGGAAACGGAGUGGUAAAUUGGUUCGAUUAGAUGACAACGGUUCAUGGAGACAACAGUGCUUCAGAACUCAAGACUCGGUGACGAACGCUCACGAGGAGGAUAAAAAUGAACUCAAAUUGUGGUGGAAGAACGAUAAAGAUGAUGAUUACACAGUACAGUUCGUCGCAACUGUGGUUAAGUCACAACGUGUCUUCUGGGUGAAGAGUGUCCUCUCAAAACCACUACCACCGUGUCGAUUGCAUCGUACUUUUGACGAUUAUCAACCACCGCCUAUAACGCCACCCCCAGAAUUGCAUCCGUUCAAAUUGAGGAAUUUCUAA